AUGGUCCACGGCCUGCGUGGUGCGUACUCUCUGACCCAGUUGUUGUUGUCGCUGCUGCUGCUUGAAGUUAUGAACAUGAUUGCUCCUCCUCAUGCUCCUUCCACGCUCCUCGUCGUCGCUGGCAAGUUUGGUGCCGCAAACCGUACCAGCUUCCUCAAUGACGUUGAGACAACCAGUCAGCCUCCCGGUACAGGGCCACCUUCAGGCUGCUGGCUUCAGAUCUGCUGCCAUAAGAGUGGCACCACCUCGCCGCUUCUCAGCAAGCUGCUUGAUUACCUUCCCCCCCGGAUCAAUCGAACUCUUGUCGAUCUUGUCUCUGGGUUCCUGUCGUAUAAUGACCCAUCCAAUCACCUCGAAUCCUUUCUCGUGCAGAUCGCCGUCCUAAAUUAUUUGCCGAUUGGGCGGGGGCGGUCGUGCAGGGCAAAGGCCAACACCCAAGAUUAA